AAUGCUGAUUAAACUUUACCUGGUGAUUGGCAUAAGUUGUGCAAUGCAUGUAAAAUAGGGGCAAAUAUGACAUUAUUUAUGUGAUUGUUGUGGCCUUUAAUGCCUCCACACGUGCUUUGCCUUCACUUGUGUGCUAUUUAUUGCCUUUCGAUCGCAGUAUUCGUAUUGAGUGAACAGUGACUGAAGACUCGGUGCAGACAAUCACCGAUUGGUCCAUAUGUUGGCCGAACCAAAACGAAAGACCGUUUGGUCUUUGAAUCCGAGGGGAAAGUAUUGGUCCGAAGAUAAGACUAAAAUUGGACAAAAAAUACUGGAAUCGAUGGGUUGGACAGAAGGACAUGGAUUGGGUAGAGAUCACAACGGCAUCAAAGAACACAUCAAAGUGUCCAUCAAUUCAGAUAAUAAAGGUCUCGGGUAUAAGCCGUCGGCCGACAGCGCGUGGAUCGACAAGAAUAACGAUUACGAGGACCUGUUGGCAGAGUUGGCCACUCAUUAUACCAAUGGAUCAAAUGAGACAAAAAAGGUCUCAGACUUGGAAUCAAUGUCCAAAAAGAUGCGAAACAGAGUUCAUUAUCAUAAGUUAAUUAAAGCCAAGAAUUUGAGUCAAUGCACGGAAAAGGACUUGAUUUCAAUAUUUCCCAAAAAGAGAGCCAAUAAUUAUGCGAAUAUUGGAAACGAUUCAAUGGAAACCAAUGGUUGCCAACCUUUACAAACAGAUAAUACCAAUUGUAAUCACAUUAAGACCGACGACGCGUUCAAAACAGUGGAAAGCAGUUUAAAUAUGAAUGAAUAUUUCAAAACAAAAAUGAAUAAAUUGAAGCUUAAAAUGAAUUCAUCGCAAGUGAUGGAUGAUAUCAUUGACACUAAAAGCAGUGAUGAAGUGAUUAUUGAAGAGAACAGUUGUUUGACUGCAGAGGACAACACAUGUGAUGAAAAAACUAAUACUAAUUUAAGUAAUGAAACGAAUAGUAAUUCAAAUAAUUCCGAAACGGACUCUAAUUUGAGUGAAAAUAAUCGCAAGAAAAGGAAGAAAUUGAAACGAAAAUUACUCGAACAGAGUUUAGGACAUAAUAUCAAUGCAGACAUUGAAGUGAAUGAUGCGAACGAAUCAAAUAUAUUGAAUAAUAGCGAGUCUAAGAAACGUAAGAAAUCAAAGAAAUUAAACACUAAU